GGCUCAGCGCCCAGCGAGGCGGCGCCCGGGGUGCCUCUCUGGGGCCAUCAUCGAUGGCUCCCUCGCCAGCGCCGAUGGUGUCCCUGCAGUCCCCAGGGUCUCGAGACCAGGAGACCUUGGACAUCUCGCCCAGAGCUGCCACCACUAAUUCGUCGAACCCCGUGCAGAUGCAGACGCGUGUCACCAUCUCAUUCGAUGCGGCCGGCCAGGGUGUGACAGACAGAAGCAAUUUCACCGAGUACGGGCAGACCCAUGUUGCUGUUGAUACCAGGCUGGACGACGUUCACGAGCUGCAAGUCGUGAGGCAUCGUGGCAUCGGUUCCACGUUCGCCCAUUUCGCCGACAAUCGCGUCGACCACGCCACAGAAUCCAAGUUCGCCAGAUCGAAGAAUUGUCGCCUCAGGGGCGCCUUUCAGAGGGUGAGUUGCCUGAUGUUCGCGGGAGCAGCUCUGCUUGCGAUAUGGGCCUGCUACCGCCGUGAAUGGUUGCGCUCGGGCAUCUAUGCCUGCGCCGUAAUGCCCCCCUACGGGUUGUGCGUCUUCCAGGCGCUGCGCAACAGGAAGAGGAACGAGACUCUCAGCCGCUCCAGGCUGGAGAACGUCGUGCUGGCGGCGUUCGGGCUACAGGGGCUGGCGAUCAUCGCGGCGGAGUGGCUGCGCCCCAGAGUUGAUUAUGGAAUGCUGAUGAUGCACAUCGGCUUUGUGCAGAACUUCACCCCCUUUCCGGAGCUGACGCUGCACGCGGUCACGUCGCUCUCCUGCUUACUGCCCUUUGCGUUUGCCACCUACGUCCGGUACAGAGAUCCAACCCUCCUGCGCUACGGCCUCGAGGGGUCUGCGGGCGAGGACGACCGGUGCGGGGACAAGAGCAGGUCGGCUGAGGCAGAGAUGAUACGAGAUUUGCUGAUGGUGACGUUCAUCCUCCUGUCGCAGGUGAUCUCCACAUCGAUGCGGGAUCUGUCCAUGCGCAAGGACUUCCUCGUCACCGAGCAGCUCCAGUCCCAAAAGAAGCUCCUCAAGCUGGAGGAGAAGCGCUGCACGGACCUGCUGCGGAGCCUCCUCCCGCGCCAGAUCAUCGCCUCAGCCCUGAUGAAUGACCCGGUCGUCCCUGAGCUCUUCCAGGACGUCACGGUGGUCUUCAUCGAGAUCUGCGGCUUCCACAGGCUGUGCGCCCAGCUGUCCCCAGAGACUGUCGUCGAGGUGCUGAACGUCAUCUAUCACGAGUUCGACCGCCUCAGCGACCUGCUCGACGUGUACAAGGUGGAGACGGUGGGAGAGGUCUACAUGGCCGUCGUGGGCUGCCCGGAGAUAAUCAUCAAUCACGCCGACGUCGCCGCGCAUUUCGCGCUCGCUGCCCAGGAGAGCAUGCCGCACAUGCGGGACAGGCUCCGCUGCAUCGCCGGGCUGGGGCCAGUCAGCGCCGACGCGGCGAAGCUGGCCUUGGAGGCGGCGCUGCCUGAGCAGCUUGCUGCCGACCUCGCCCUGCCGGCGACCCUGCCUGCGCCCAGCCCCCAGCCGUGCAUCACGGGAGACGUGGGCUCUGGGCUCCUGGUGCGCAUCGGGCUGAACUCUGGCAAGAUCCGCGCUGGGGUGGUCGGCCUGGCCGCGCCGCGCUACAAGCUGGUGGGGGACACCGUGAACACGGCGAGCCGCAUGGAGAGCACCUGUGUUCCGGGGCGGAUCCAGUUGAGCCCGACCACGCAGGAGAGGCUCACCGACGGCCUUUUCGUGAUCGAGCCUCGUGGCGAGGUGCCUGUGAAGGGCAAGGGCACCAUGGUGACCUCGUUCCUCAACGGCUACAUCGGGGGGUCGCACUGGCCGCGCGAGGUCCACCUUAUCCACUCCAAUUUCGGGAGGCGGGGCAGCUUGGAUGGUGGCAUGUCGAUGCCGGGGAUGUCCCGUGGCCCGUCUCUACUCUCCUGGAUCGACGAGGGCUCCCAUGAGAUCACCCAUGCCGCCGAGGAGGCAUUAGACAUCAAGAAAUGGCCCUCGCUUGCCCAGCGGCACGCAUCGUUUGUCCAGUGGCACGCAAUAUGGCGGCACCUGGCGCCCGAUGACGACGCAGACACGACCAAGCAGAAGCCUAUGAACAACAUGUCGAUUGACCAGCUGCUCCUUCUGGCAUCCGAGGGGCAGAAGCAGCCGAAGCGCCUGGCGCUGCUGAUUGAGGACCUGCCUCGGUACCUCGCCGACAGCCUCCCGGCGAGGAUGUACGGUGCCAGGGUCCUGACCAUCGGUUGGCUGCUGUUCAUGACUGCAAUCUCGGUGUUCGAUAUCUUCAUGCAGGAGGAAUCGCGCCAAACCCUCGAAACCAUGCUGGUCCGCUCCGUCUGCAACCACAUGGUGGGCCUGCUGUACCUGCUCUUCAUCGCGAGCGGGGACCACGAGGAGCUGUGGCUGCAGGGGUGGACCAUCGUGAUGCUGCUGAUCCAGGGCGGGUCGGUGCUCUUCGGCAGCAGCCUCGCUUUCAAGAGCGAGCCCACUCUCGUGGCCCUGUACGGUGUCUGGGUGCUGUUCUACUCCGUGUGCACUAUCCUCCAGCGUCUAGCCAUAUCCGUCAUCGCCGUCGCCAGCUUCAUGGUGUUGGAGCUGGCGCGCUGCGACGACACGGAGCGGUUCCAAGGCGUGUUCGAGAAGUUCGUGGGUAACGUGGUCUUUCUUAUUGCCUUCUUCGUGUUCAUGGCUUGCAGCGUACGGCUGAAAGAGUUCCUUGGGCACGUCGCGAACUAUGACCACUGCUUCAUCGACAAGCAGCUAGAGAAGAUGGACGGGGCCAGGUCGGCGAGAUCACAGCUCCUGGCGAGCCUCCUGCCCGAGCACGUAGCGGAGAAGGUCUUGGAGGGGGUCUCGCCCAUCGCUGAGCCCUGCGAGCAGGUCACCAUGCUGUUCACCGACAUCAAAGGAUUCACCGCCUACGCCGCGGACCUUGCACCGCAGGAUCUCGUGGACCUGCUGAACUCGAUGUAUUCCGCGUUCGACGAGAUCAUCGUGAGCUGGGAGCUCUACAAGGUGGACGUCAUAGGCGACGCCUACUUUGUGACGGCAGGGUGCCCCCCUUCCGAGUCCCUCGAGGACCGCGUGGAGCCAGAGGAGUGCGCCAUGCGGGCCGUGGAGGUGGGCCUUGCCAUGCUGCGGACGCUACCCACGCUGCCCUGGGGCAGCGCCGGCACCCAGCUCGACAUGCGGGUGGGGCUGCACACCGGCUCGGUGGUGGCCGGGGUGGUCGGCAAGAAGGGCCCGCGCUACCACCUCUUCGGUGCCGCCGUCGGGUACGCCAACCAGAUGGAGUCGACGGGCCAGCCUGGCCGGGUCCACAUCAGCGACGACACGUGCGAGCUGCUGCGGGCCGGUGGGUACAGCUACGAGUUUGAGGAGGCGUGGGUGGAGGUGGAGGGGCUGCAGGAGAAGGCCCGGACCUGGCACGUGAACCGGAGCAAGGACAACGCCGCGCAGAAGAUCCAGACAGGGCUCCUGCGGCAGCGGGCCAAGAGGCGCGGCUGCCCCGACCCCCUGGCGCCCACGUCGCCGCCCCUGGGCUCGCCCCGCCGCACGCGGGCCAGCAGGGCCUUCUCCGUCGGGCACCGCGGGGCCACCCUGUCCGCUCUGUGAGGCCUCGCCCUCCGCGCGCGGGGGCGCCGCCGCCGCCCGCCGCCUGCCGCCUGCGGCCGAGAGGGCGGGGCCGCGGGGCCGAGCGGCCGCCCAGCGGAGGGGCCGCGGCGGCGGCGGGGCCUCGCUCCAGUGGCCGCACCGUGUGGUGCGCCCAGCCCCAGGCCCUGGAGCGGGCGGCGCGACACGCCAAGCAAAAGGUCCCGACCGUCGUAACUGUUGGGAUCGAGCUAAGUGUAGUAUAGCCAGGGGAGUUAUAGCGGAUCAGCUCACGUAACUGGUUUUUCCAGCGCCUCCCGGCGCGGGCGGAGCCUGUGCAUCGAUGAAAGCGCCCGGCGGUGGGGCUGAAACCAGCUGCAAGCAGCCGGCUUCGUAACCCUCCCUUCCCCAUGUCCCCUUGCCCUUGCCCGGAGGUCAUACAACCUCUUCUUCCUCCUCCUCCUCCUCCUCCUCCCCUGUAUCUUCCUCGUAGCGGUGGCGGUGCCGCAUUUGUGGUUUACCCCACGGCGCUGUCCGCCUGCCGCGUCGCCCGCUGGCAGGGUGAGGCUCUUUUCUCCGCCGUGCUCCCCUGAAUGAAUCUUGAGAGCAGUGUUUGGUUUCGCGUGGCUCCUCCUGUCGCACAUGAUGGGGGCCUCGUUUACCCUUGCAAUGCCGUCUUGGGAAUGCCCUCGCGUCGAUUUGCGUUGGGGAAUCGGUGGGGUAACGCAGAUGUGGUGUUGACUGGCCUCGAUUUAGCAUCGGCUAGCA